CUCGUCUCCUCCUCCCCGCUCCCGACCGUGUCCCCGGAAGCGCUAGGUCCCUUCCCUUCCUAGGGCUGUGACGCGGAGGAAUCGGGACGCUCUAGGCGCCACUACCACCACCAUGGUUCCAGCUGUCCGCGCCGCUCGUAAGGCUACGUGGUGAGACCGGGCCGAGCAACUGGCCCCACAGUCCGUAGCCGGGUGAGUGAACCUCAGACUCAUGCGGAGGUUCGAGAGCCUGCCUGAUCUUCCAGAAUGGCACAGCCUGACCUCUCAGGGUCCCCUUCCCCCCGCCAGAAAUGGGCUCGUCCAUUCCUCUCCUUUCCCCCACCCCGCCCUCGUGGAGGGAGGGUCUGGUUACCAUGGAAACAGGCCUCCGCACCCUUCAUUUCUCCCCAAUAUUCAGGCUAUUGAAAAAUGGAACUUGGGGGAGGAGGGUAAGUUGCCAUAGUGUUCAGUGCUCUGGCCCUACGGACUUUGAUUGUUGCGGUCUAAUUAGCCUAAGCUCCUCAGAGUUAUCUGUUCUCUUUCCCCCCAGCUAUAGGUUCGCCCCUCCCUGGGCUGGCCAGGUGUCGGGAGGAGGAAGGGAGGAUGGGUGGGGAGUAUGAGUUGCUAUGGUUAUAGAAGUUCUCCCUGACUGCACCUUGGACCCCGACCCCGCAGGCCCCGCCCCCGACCUCCACACUUCCCCUUCCCAUGGCUUGGACACACGUGGAAACUGUUGGGGGAAGGAGGCAGCAGCGGUGCUGAAACUGGAGGCCGGAGCCCUGGAGCCCUGGCCAUGGCUGGCCAGUUCCGCAGCUACGUGUGGGACCCCAUCCUGAUUGUCUCCCAGAUCGUCCUCAUGCAAAACGUCUACUAUGGCUCCUUGGGUCUGUGGUUGGCGCUGGUGGACAGCCUGGUGCAGAGCAGCCCCUCUCUGGACCAGAUGUUCAGCCCCGAGAUACUGGGCUUUUCCACUCCUCCUGGCCGUCUCUCCAUGAUGGCCUUCAUUCUCAAUGCUCUUACCUGUGCCCUUGGUUUGUUAUACUUCAUCCGUCGAGGGAAACAGUGUUUGGACUUCACUGUCACAGUUCAUUUUUUCCACCUCCUGGGAUGCUGGAUCUACAGUUCCCAUUUUCCCUCAUCACUGACCUGGUGGCUGGUGCAUGCUGUUUGUAUUGCCCUGAUGGCUGUGAUUGGGGAGUACCUCUGUAUGAGGACAGAGCUCAAGGAGAUCCCCCUUAAUUCUACUCCCAAGUCCAAUGUCUAGGAGUAACUCAACUCUUUGCUGGCACCAAGAGGGACUUGGUCAAUGAAAGUUGACAUUGGUGUGAUUGAAGCAGGUUCCAGCAGUCAGCUCUGGGGCAGUCAAUUGGCAUAAGCUGAGGCAUUGGUGUCUGCAGGGAAGAAAUACAUCAAGAAGAAAAUCUUUCAUCUGGACAAGGACAGAGUGAAAGAAGCAAGCAAAAAAUGGGAGAUGUCUCAUUCUUUCCACUAUUCUUAUCAUUUUGUUUUUAAAGAAAAAAAUCAAGAAACUCUGAUUGGAGUAAAUCACCUGCCUGGCUAUUCAUUCUGCCAACUUGGGAUAGAUAAAACUUCUUAAAUUUUGCUGGAUCAAAGAAGAUUUUGGGGCAAUACAUUUUUGUGGUUGGAGGAAGGGUCAUAAAUGGUCUAGUAAUCAAGGCGGACAGAGGUACUGAAUGCUAGUGAAGCCCAAAGUCUGUUACCCUGAAACAUACAUAUUGGCCAGUGACCUUCCUUUGGUUACCUCUUCUCUGUCCUGUCCCUGAUUCCUGGUUCUUGUGAGAGAUAGCUCAUAUGACCCUAGGGAAUAUAGGCAGAGUUAUUCCCUCAUUUCUUUGGAACUAUAAUACAAUGGGAAUUACUCAGUGAAAGGACAACUCCAUCAUUCUACCCAUCCAAGGUUUUUCUCUUACCAGUUGGGGAUGUGGUGAAGAAGAGGAGGAGGUAGUGCUUUGUUGUCCAGAUGUGCUUUUGGGGAGGGAUUUCCUAGUGGAGUGCCUGACAGCUCCUUGACUUCCUUUGUAUAUAAAUACAGUAUUUUCCACUUC